AAUUCACAAACUGUUGCAGUGGUAUAAUUUGGUAUAAUUUACAUCGUAAAAUAGCGCUUAAGAAAAUUUAAACUUGUGGGCACCCUACAAAGGCACUAUCAAUACAAAAAAUCAAUAUAUCAAAAUGGGGAAACACAGAACUGCACAACAGGAUGCGAUUUUCGUCGCAUUCAUGGAACGGCAUCCAAUCAUAGCCAAAAACUACUACAAAGGUGAUAAAUUGGCCAGCGAAGCGGCUUGGAAGAGGCUGAGCAAGGAAUUAAAUAGCGUGGGGCCGCCAGUAAAAGAAUCUGGCGAAUGGAAACGAGUAUGGAAGGAUUGGAAAAAUGGCAUUCGCAAGAAGAUAGCGAACAACAGGCUGGAGCCGAAUGCCACUGGAAAGAGUUCUUUGUACCAAGACACUUUGACGCCUUUGGAGGAUGCAGUGGCAACUAUCACCGAUCUAUAUGAGAUAGCCGACGUAAUCGUAGAGUCUCAACCCAAGUCUAAAGUUCGCAAAGAGGAGAAUUCAAAUAUGAGCUUACAUGACAUUAAAACUGAUCGCGACGAAGAAGCAUUUGAGAAUGACAGCGAGCAGGAGGAGGAUGACGAGGAAGAAGACGACGAUGAUGGCGAUUCUAAUGAGUCAAUCAGCAUUCAAAACGUCGGUGUUAAAAUGGAGCAACAAAUGCAUCAUCAUUCCCCAGCCAAAAAACGAAAGUUAGAGCAUGAUACACUCAAUGGGUCAUUUGCGGGAGACAAAACAGUGCUAAUGGACAUAGCCAAGGAACUACGCGACCUCAAUCGACAGACUAGAUUAAAUGCUCAGCGCACAGAAGCGAAUACGGAGGCUUUAUUAGCUAUGGGAACACAGAUCUCUGAUCUGAUGCAACAGCAACUGAAAGAGCGCAAGCGACUUAAUGCAAUAAUGGAGAAGUUUAUGCUAAAGAUGGAGACUACCGACUAAUAUAUAUAAUCAUUUAAUACAAAUACAUUUAAGGUACGACGUUCAACGAAUCAUAAUUUUCUGUAUAUGAAAUUCAUAUACAUUAGUGCAAUCGAUUAAAUUCGCUUUCUAUAUUAAGAAUUAUAAAAAAUGUGAAAUUGAUCGUCAUAUUCAAGUUGCUGGUCAAUUUCAUUUUAUGUUGAUAAUAUAAAAAAAUAAAUGUAA